ACCAACAUCUCCGAAAUCAUCACGAGCGACCACCGAGACCUCGAAGAUGCCUACAACCACAUCAUGAAUGCGCCAGACGCCGAGGAGCGGGCCAAGUGGCAGAAUCAGUUCACCUGGGAGCUGGCACGCCACUCCCUCGGCGAGGAGCUGGUGGUCUACCCCUCCAUGGAGAAACAUCUGAACAACGGAACAGAUAUGGCCGACCACGACCGGAUGGAGCAUCAAGUGGUCAAAGAACUCCUGUACAAGUUUCAGGGGCUCCAGCCCAACGACCCGGAAUUCAUGCCUGUACUGAAGAACCUGUGGGAAAAUCUCGCCCAGCAUAUCAAGGAAGAGGAGGGGAAGGACUUGCCGCAGCUGGAGGAGUCCUUGGAUGAUGCAGAGUCCAGGCAGAUGGCUGCGUCGUUCCACCGCACGAAGCAGUUCGUGCCCACGAGGAGUCACCCGAAUGCUCCGAACAAGCCGCCCUUUGAGACUGUGGCCGGGUUGAUGACUGCACCGAUGGAUAAGAUCAGGGAUAUGUUUAGAUCGUUCCCU